ACCAGCAGGGCUUCGCAUGUUCAAGGUCCCAAAGCGUGGCGUAAUAAACUUUGAAAGUAAGUCGUAUGUCAGCAUGAUCGAUUGGAGUCAGUUUAAGAUUACGGAACCCCCUUGUGUGCAGUUCUACCCAGAUAGUGAACUUACAAUGUUUCAAUUUUCGGAAAAUGAAGUGAUAAAUAUCCCAGAGUUCCUCUGUCAUUCCCAGAAUACCGAACGGUUUGUGCGUGUUGUUAGUGAGUCUGCAAGUGCUGUCACUGAUGAAAAGCGCCUGGGCCACAUUUUUGCAAAAUUAGAAAGCCGAGACCAAUAUAAAAGCCUUGAUUCGCGCCAAAAUUUGCUUAAGUAGCAAUAAAUAUUGUAAGUGAAAUAACUUUUUUGUUGAUUAUUUUAGUAAUAUAGUUUGAAGGCAACAUUUUCUUGAA